CCACGCGCUAUAUAGCCGCCGUCUAGUCGUCUAGUCUGCUGGUGCUGUGCCAGACAUGCAGAGCCUGCCCACUACGCGGUGGAACUUUCUGUUGUUUGGAAAGGGUAAAUGAGCAAGACAACAUCACAAUGUCAUUCUUCAGAGAAUUCAAUCAGAUGGUGAGCAAUGUGCUGAGUAACAUUCCCAGCACUGACGCCUACGCCCGCACCGUCCGCCAAGUAGAUCACCCGGCCCAGAAGUACAUGGAUUGGCCGGUCAUCACUACCUUAGACAGUAUGCAGUUGCUGCACGACGUUAGAGGAAGGAAAUAUGAGUGUCUCCUGCACUUGCAGGGUGCCAGAGUGAAAUCGUUCAGCAUGUUCAGACUCAGCGAAGGGGACCAGACCAUCGCUGAGUUCAGCAAGCUUCACCAGACACUGUAUCCCUUCUGGAGGGGCAGCGCCGACUGGCUCAAUGCAGAGAUCUUGCAAAAGAUCACCAACAGUGCCCGCUCCAAUCCCACUUGGUCCUAUGCGCACCACGCCGUGGCAGCCAAGUUUGAGAAGUGCCUAUCCACACCGGAAAUCAGAGAGCACAUCAACAGUCAGGCCUGCGAUGGGAAGAGAACACCUGCCCAUCUUGCUGUAAAGUGGAACAACCCAAGUAUGCUGAAAGCUCUAAUCCUCAGUGGGGCAGAGUUGAACAUCCCAGAUGCUGAGGGCGAGAAUGUAUUCCACUAUGCUGCCAGAUUGCUGGGGGACGUCGCACCAAUUCUGCAGCUUUUGGCAGAAGAUGUCAGCGCCAUCAACGGGUGCAACAUCCAUGGUUUGACAGCCCUGCAGAUAGCAUGUCAGCAGGCUCACCUGGACACCGCUGCAGGCCUGGUGGCUCUAGGUGCAUCAGUCAAUGUGACAGACUCGGUUGGCUAUCCCGUACACUAUGCCUUCAAACAUCAGCACAGCAGGGCCGCUGAGGCUUUUCUACAAGCCCCCGACAUGCAGCCUGACAUGAUGCUGUGUGUGAAAUACGGAGGCUCUGCAUUACAUUAUGCCAAAUCCCCGGUGUUCAUCAAGCUGGUGAUCGAGAGACGGGGGACCUUUGACGUCAACUUGAGGAGCAAGACUGGUCACACUCCUCUUCAGGUCAUGGUUCAGCAUCAGAGGCUUGGAUGCGUGGUGUCACUGCUAUGUGCUGGGGCGGAUGUUAAUGCCUCCCUGCCUGAAGGAGACACUCCAUUGCAUCAAGCUGUCAGGACGAACGACCUAGACAUGGUGUAUGCACUGAUUGUAUUUGGGGCUGACGUCAAUGCAGUGAACAGAAAGGGGGAAUCCCCACGCCACGUAGCUGCCACUCUGCUGUUGUCUUCCCUGGGGGGCAUUGUGGGCUCCUCCAAUAACGUCAUCAGUGCACUCCACCUGGUAGGGGCACGGCGGUGUCCGGCGGGUAUGAAGGGGUGCAGCGCUGGGUGCAAGGCGGACGGGACGUAUGAUGGUAACCCACCCACAUCCAUUGAGGUUGCCCAGUCAGAGGGCAAUAAAGCUUACGAUGAUUUCUUGAAUGUGUGCAUCAGCAUGAUGGCUACCAGGCAGAAGGUUUCCAUGACAACCGAUGAGACAGAUAGCAGUGCAUCCCCAAGACACAGUGACAAUGUUCUGAGCUUAGACGGUGGAGGAAUAAGAGGCCUCAUAUUGACGCAGAUAUUGAUAGCCGUCGAGGAAGCUGCCGGUAUGCCUAUUGCAGAAAUGUUUGAUUGGAUCGCUGGCACAAGCACUGGGGGUAUUCUAGCCCUGGCUUUGGCAGUCCGUAGGUGCCCCUAUUCUAACUCUGGCUUUGGCAGCUAUUCUGCGAAGGAGGCACGCAGUCUCUACUUUGGCCUGAAGAAUGACGUAUUCAUCGGGUCACGGCCUUACCCCUCGGAGCCCUUGGAGAACUUCCUCAAGCACAUAUUUGGAGCGGACACCAAAAUGGAUUCUAUCACCAAACACAAGGUUUUGGUGAUGACUACCCUUGGGGACCGCACGCCACCCCCUCUCCACAUUUUCCGCAACUAUAGACCGCCAGCUAGCUCAUCCUCAGCACAUGUUGUCUACAAUGAAGACAGCUUCGUCUCGCCGCCUGUGUAUCACGAUCAAUUGAUUUGGAAAGCUGCUCGAGGCAGCGGUGCAGCCCCAACCUACUUCCAACCCAUGGGCUGUUUCCUGGACGGCGGAUUGAUCGCAAACAAUCCCACCCUGGAUGUGUUGACCGAGCUGCAAGAGUACUACAUGGACAGGCAAAUGAAGGGUGAAUCAAAACGUGAGGUUGGAGUCGUAGUCUCUGUGGGAACUGGUUGUGUUCCAAUCAAGCCCAUGCGAAGUAUGCACAUCGUCAAGCCGUCCGGUGUGCUGGGCAUGGUAAACGCCGCCCGAGCUGCAGCAAAUCUCGGGGAAAUAUUCAUUGAUCUGGUAACCGAUGCACGAGGGCGCACUUUGGACCGCGCCCGCUCCUGGUGCAACACGAUUGGCGCCCCAUUCUACCGCUUCAGCCCCCCGCUGAGCGCCGACAUCCCUCUGGAUGAGAACAAGGACAAGACACUCCUCAAGAUGCUGUGGGAGACGCAGGUCUACCUGCAUCGGAGGAAGGCUAAACUAAAACAGCUUGGGGAACUUCUCAAGUCCAUGCAUUGACAUCGGCAGGUUGGUUUCGUAGGCUGUGCACCUUAAUGCAUGGAGGUCAAGGGGAGUUUAACUGUCUCCGUUCACUGUGCCCAGCUUCAGGCUUUGUGUUCUGUAGUGUUUUUGACGACAGCAAUUUUAUGUUAGAUUUUGUGCAAUAGCAGAGAUAAAUCCUAUUAGUUAAAAAUAGCUCAAUAGAAAGGGUUUUUGGUUUUUAAAUGUUCCCCUCCUAACAGGUAUAUGUGUGAUACUUCAACGUUUCCUUUUUUGUUGUUGUCGUCAUAGUUGAAAUAACUUUAUCAAAUACUUCGCAUGGUGGCACACCAGCCAUUGACAGAUCACUUUGGUGUAAAAUAUUUAUUAACCUGAAAUUCAUAAAACAGUACACUGAAAUAACAAUUUCUGAAUACGUGAUGUAGCUGUGAUAAGAUACUUAAGAAAACCAAAUACAAUCAUUAUGUACAAUUUAAGUUUUAACAUUCAUGCAGACUGACUUGCCGUAGCUUCAUACCUGAUCUUUUUAUGCUUUACUUUCCAAAUUACAAAAUCCGAUGAUCCUUAAUCUUAAAUUGCAGUGGUCCUUGAGGCAUUUAAAAAAAAAAUCUAAUACAUUCAAUCUAAAGUAAUGAAAUAUCUACUAAUAUUCAUUAGUAUAUAAUGAAUAUUAGUAAGUAUUCGUAUUAGAUCCAAAUACUUGUUAGUAUAUAUAUAUGAGCAUACUAUACUUACAUAUACUAACGAGUAUUUGGAUCUGAUAGAAUUAUGCAGACUGUGAAAUUCAUCCCCUAUAUCUGCCAACCCAACACUGUAAAAACUGUGAGAGGCUGACCUGUCAGUGGUCCUGUGGCCAUUAGAAUCACCCCCCCCAAGAGAAA